AAAGUUGUUGGAUUCCUUCAUUUCAAUCUUCAAAUUUUUAGUUACUGAAUUAAAAAGCAAUGGAGGCAUCGAAGUUGAAUGAACUGAAGCAAUUUGUAGAACAAUGCAAAUCUGAUCCUUCAAUACUCACAGAUCCUUCUCUUUCCUUUUUCACUGAUUACAUUCAAAGUCUUGGUGGUAAGCUUCCUACGUCGGCUGGUGAACACAAAGCGAAGUCUUACAUGGUGGAUGAGAGUGAUGAGGAAAUGGGUGACCCUGAGAAUGAGGAUCAUAAAAAAGGGUCUGCUGAAGAAGAAAAAGAGGAGCCUGAGAUAAUUGAAUCCGAUAUCGAACUUGAUGAAAGCGACAUCAUGGACCCUGACAAUGAUGAGCCACAACAGAUGGGAGACCCUUCUGUGGAGGUUACAGAGGAAAGCCGUGAUGUUUCUCAAGAGGCCAAGUCUCAGGCCAUGGAAGCGAUUUCUGAAGGUAAGCUAGAAGAAGCAAGUGAACUUCUGACAAAGGCGAUUCUCCUCAACCCUACAUCAGCAAUUAUGUAUGCAACCAGAGCCACUGUGUACAUCAAAAUGAAGAAGCCAAAUGCUGCCAUACGAGAUGCAAAUGCAGCCUUAGAGAUCAACCCAGAUUCAGCUAAAGGAUAUAAAUCACGUGGCAUUGCACGAGCCAUGCUUGGACAAUGGGGCGAUGCUGCCAAGGAUCUUCACGUGGCUUCCAAGCUAGACUUUGAUGAGGAAAUAAAUGCCGUGCUUAAGAAGGUUGAGCCUAAUGCACGUAAAAUUGAAGAGCACCAGAAGAAGUAUGAUAGGCUGCGUAAAGAACGAGAAGAUAGAAAGAUUGAGCGUGAGAGACAACGAAGAAAGGCUGAAGCUCAGGCUGCUUAUGAGAAGGCCAAGAAGCAAGAAGAAUCAUCAUCAAGGAGAGCUGGCGGCAUGCCUGGGGGCUUCCCUGGUGGCAUGCCCGGCGGCUUCCCUGGCAUGCCUGGUGGCUUUCCUGGCAUGCCUGGAGGCUUCCCUGGCAUGCCCGGGGGGUUCUCUGGUGGGAUGCCCGGUGGCUCUCCAGGAGGCAUGCCCGGAGGAGGCUCUCCAGGAGGCAUGCCCGGAGGAGGCUCUCCUGGGGGAAUGCCCGGAGGAGGCUCUCCUGGAGGCAUGCCCGGUGGGAUGCCUGGUAAUAUUGACUACAGCAAAAUACUGAAUGACCCUGAAUUAAUGGCAGCAUUCCAGGAUCCAGAAGUCAUGGCUGCCCUCCAAGAUGUGAUGAACCCCGCUAAUCUGGCGAAGCAUCAAGCCAAUCCCAAGGUUGCUCCUAUUAUCGCAAAGAUGAUGGGCAAAUUUGCUGGACCAAAGUGAGAGUUCCGUCUUCGAUGAGUUUAUGGACCCAAUGCUGUUAUUUGGUUGUCGACGUAUAUCAUCAAGUACGAGUUCACCAAGUCAUGCCCUGAAUUUGUCUAUCCAAGUAUAUAUUUAAAUGUCAUGCAUCUGUCGAUCGAUUGAUCUGAUCAACUUAAAUAGAUUACUUGAUAUAUGCAAUGUAAACACUUAUCAGCUGGUUUAGAUAUGUUCUUUUUGCGCGUUAUUGAAUCAUUUUGAUGCAGUAAUAGUUGGUUAGGAUUAACUGUUCCACGGGUUAAAAUAUUCCAUACAAUUGCAGCAACAAUGAGAACUUCUGUUUCUUAAACUGUUCACCAUCA